GACACCUGUCCGCCACCUCCUUCCUCCUAAAUUCUCAUCAAAAUUCGUACUCAGAAGUCAGAAGAAGAAGCAUCGGUUCCAAUUUUCCAAAAUUCAUCCUCAAAGGCACUACUUUUCUUUCGAUUCUAUCAUAGGCCAUAAACUAGGCCAUGACUGGGAAGAAAGUUAUUGCUAUAUGCCAGUUGGGUGGUGUAUUCAAGACUCUUGGUGAUGGUUCACUGUCAUAUGAUGGUGGGGAUGCUCAUGCCAUUGAUAUCGAUGAGAAUUCGAAGUACAGUGAUUUCCAGAUGGAGGUUGCAGAGAUGUUUAAUUGCAUUCGUGGUUCCAUGUCCAUCAAGUACUUUCUCCCGGGAAACAGGAAGACGCUUAUAACAAUCUCCAAUGACAAAGACCUUCAACGCAUGAUAAAGUUUCAUGGCAAUUCCAGCAGCAUUGAUGUAUAUAUCAUGAUGGAAGAAGUUUUUGCUACAGAUGUUUCAAAUAUGCCUGCCAGUAGGUCAAGUAGAACAACAUUGUCAGAAGCUGGAAUUCUUGCCGAUGCCACUCCUUGUGUCUUGGAUGAUGAUAUGGACGAGAUAAGUCCACGGGUUCUGCUUGGUUCAGCUUUUGAUGUGCCAGAUGAUCUUGCUAAUGUUGAACACAUUGCUAACAUUGAUCAGCACAUUGCUAUAGACUCUGAGGUGCCUCUGCCUGUUUCUCUAUCUCUUCCUGAUUCUGCUGAUGAAAAGCACAUGAAAGCUGCCCAGCAAUGGCAGAACAAUAUUACGGGUGUAGGCCAAAGAUUCAACAACGUAAAUGAAUUCCGUGACGCCUUGCGUAAAUAUUCAAUCGCUCAUCAAUUUGCUUUUAAAUAUAAGAAGAAUGAUAGCCAUCGUGUGACUGUUAGAUGCAAAGCCGAAGGCUGUCCUUGGAGAAUUCACGCAUCACGGCUAUCAACCACCCAACUAAUUUGCAUUAAAAAGAUGAAUCCAACACACACGUGUGAAGGGUCCAUUAUCACGACAGGUCAUCAGGCAACCAGAAGUUGGGUGGCGGGUGUCAUCAAGGAGAAGUUAAAAGUAUCUCCAAAUUACAAACCAAAAGAUAUUGUCACUGAUAUCAAAGAGCAAUAUGGUGUUCAGCUAAAUUAUUUUCAAGCAUGGCGUGGGAAAGAAAUUGCCAAAGAGCAGCUUCAGGGUUCAUACAAAGACGCAUAUGGUCAGUUGCCGUUUUUCUGUGAGCAGAUAAUGGAGACAAAUCCUGGCAGUCUUGCUACUUUCACUACUAAAGAUGACUCAAGUUUCCAUCGCCUUUUUGUCUCAUUCCAUGCUUCAUUAUAUGGAUUCCAACAAGGUUGUCGGCCUUUGCUUUUUCUUGGUAGUGUGCCAUUAAAAUCAAAAUACCAAGGAACUUUAUUGGCUGCAACUGCUCCUGAUGGAGAUGAUGAUGUGUUUCCUGUUGCUUUUGCUGUUGUGGAUACAAUAACCGACAACAAUUGGCUUUGGUUUUUACAGCAACUUAAGGCUGCAUUGACUACAUGCCACGGGAUCACAUUUGUGGCUGAUCGGGAGAACGGAUUAAAGAAUUCGAUUUCUGAUGUUUUCCAAGAUGAGAGCGUAUACCAUGCUUACUGUUUACGCUGCCUUUCGGAGCAGCUUAUUAGAGAUUUAAAGGGACAGUUUUCUCAUGAAGUGAAGCGUCUCAUUGUUGAUGAUAUUUAUGCCGCUGCGUAUGCUCCAAGACCCGAAGGUUUUCAGAAGUGCAUUGAAAGCAUCAAAAGUAUCUCACUUGAAGCUUACAAUCGAGUCAUAGAAAGUGAACCUGUGCACUGGGCGAACGCCUUUUUUCCGGGUGCAAGAUAUAAUCACAUGACAUCAAACUUUGGUGAGAUGUUUUACAGUUGGGCAUCAGAUGCUCAUGAACUACCAAUAACCCAAAUGGUGGAUACCAUAAGGGGUAAGAUAAUGGAGUUAAUUUAUACUAGAAGAGCCGCUUCUAACCACUGGUUAUCAAGGCUAACUCCAUUUAGAGAAGAAAGAUUAGAAAAAGAAAGCAUAAAGGUUUGUGCACUUCAAGUUUUUAACUCAGGCCCAGCUGGAAACAAAUUUGAGGUCCGUGGUGAUUCCAUUGAAGUUGUUGAUAUUAGUAAUUAUGAUUGUAGUUGUAAAGCAUGGCAGCUUACCGGAUUGCCUUGUUGUCAUGCAAUUGCGGUUAUUGGUUGCCUUGGCCGUGAUCCAUAUGAUUAUUGUGCUAGAUACUUCACAGCUGAGAGCUACAGAUUAACUUAUUCAGAAUCGGUGCAUCCUAUUCCAAGUGAGGGUAAGAAGGAUUUUUCUCAGGCAAUUGUAAUUGUAACACCUCCUCCAACUCGUCGUCCACCGGGGCGCCCCCCUACCAAGAAACUUGGAAUGCAGGAGGCAAAUAAACGUCAACUUCAAUGUAGCAGAUGCAAGUGUAUUGGGCACAACAAGUCAACUUGCAAGGAGUUCAUCUGAACAUGUGUACUGAAUGGAAAUACACUACAUCAAUCAAGCCGAAAACUUCCCUAAAAUGUUGACACAGAAGUGUGUAUCUUCUGCCCUUCUGUUACUUAUCUUGCAAGUGUUUCUGUUUCUUUAAAUCCAUUCUAGUGUUUAAUUAAUCAAAUGUAGGAGAAUAGAAAGCUUUAGGAAGAAUCAUUGUACAGUUUUGGUUGCGGACGUGAUAAGCACCUGCAAAUAUAAAUAAGCAGGAAGCAUGGCUAGACUAGUUGCCGGUUUUUUAAACUUCUUUCUUGUUUCACCGGUGAUGAUUUGGUUGAAUAAGUUCCGACUGCAACAAAAUGGGUUUUUUUAACGACCCAACUGUCUUUGGAUGUCAUAACAGAAUUUUAAGUUUAUAGGACCAAGAAACUAUGUGUUCUAUCGAAAGGCAUUCCAAUAAGAUGUUAGCCAAUAACAAUGUAUCAUAUUAGCCAUUUUAUGACAUUUUUGAUG